UCAUGCACGUUUUGUGUUACAAACGAAGGUCAGAUUCACUCUUUCUUCUGAUUGGACCGAACACUCUAAGACCCGCCCUUCUUCCGGUCCAGAGGCCUCUCACUUUUGUGAGAGCACUUCCUGUGUGUCAGUCAAGCAGCCGAGCCAAUCGGGUGCUUUUGUCCCUUUGACCGGCAGCUAGUACUACUAACCAAGAUGUCCGCUAUGUCUGUGUUCCCCAUGUGUGUUCGAGCGAGCCGGGGCCUCUUGAGGCUCAGGAGCGGGACAGCCAGUGCCUCCUCAAGGGCAGUGGUGAAUGUUGUGCGGACACUCUUCACAGGCGAGCCUCUUGCCGGAACUGGCAGUACGACGGGCGGACUGGCUCCGGCUAUACUGCAGGAGAGACUCCAACAACAGCAGCAGCAGAGUCAGGGCCAGCCUCCUCCUGAGGGAGGGCAGGGCAAGAGGGAGGGGGAGCAGGCAGAGGACAAGAAGCAGAAAGAGAACACCGCCUACGCUAAGAAGAUGGUGCUACGGUUGGCGGGAAUCCUGGGACUGGGCGGGGCAGUCAGCAUCGUCUACAUAUUUGGCACCAAUUCAAUGGAUGAACAUGGAAACAAGAUUCCAGAUGAGUUUGACCGAGAUCCUCCGGUUGUCCAGCAGUUGAAAAGAACCUACAAAUACUUGAAGGACUACAGACAGAUGAUCAUUGAGCCGACGAGCCCGAAGCUGCUGCCGGACCCUCUGAAGGAACCGUACUACCAGCCUCCGUACACUCUGGUGCUGGAGCUCACCGACGUCCUGCUGCAUCCGGAGUGGUCGUUGUCGACAGGUUGGCGGUUUAAGAAGCGCCCGGGCAUCGACUACCUGUUCCAGCAGCUCACGCCGCUCUAUGAGAUUGUCAUCUUCACCGCAGAGACCGGCAUGACUGCGUAUCCUCUGAUCGACAGCAUCGAUCCACAGGGUUUUGUCAUGUAUCGCCUGUUUAGAGAUGCAACGCGCUACGUGGAGGGACAUCACGUUAAGGACGUGUCAUGUCUGAACCGGGACACCAGUAAGGUGAUUGUGGUGGACUGUAAGCGGGAGGCGUUUAGCCUGCAGCCCUUCAACGGCAUGGCUCUGAAGAAAUGGGAUGGAAACUCUGAGGACCGAACGCUCUACGACCUCGCCAACUUCCUCAAGACUAUCGCCCUGAGCAAAGUGGAGGACGUCCGUUCAGUGUUGGAGAACUACGCUCUGGAAGACGACCCCAUCGAGGCCUUCAAACGCAGACAGGCUCAGCUGGCACUGGAAGAGGAGCAGCGCCUGGCUGAGCUCUCCCAGGCGAAGAAACAGGGGCUCCCUCUCGGCUCCAUCGCUUCACGGUUCUGGCGCUCCAAGCAGCAGUGAGCCCCGCCUCCCUCUCAAACUUCUACCAAUCACAGCCCGGCUGCCUGCCAGUGCCCAGAUGAGGAGAGAGGCCAGAGGAGAGAGGGAGGGUGAGAGAGAGGAGAGGUGGAGACCUGUUUACUACAGCUCAGCAGUCACACUCAACCAAUCGUGUCGGUGGGAGGGUCUCAAGGACAUUGGCCGGCCUCUGCACCAAUAAGAGAGGCACUUCCUGGUUUUUUUGGAGGCGGGAUGUUGGUGGUCCCCUACCUUGGUCAUCUUGGUGUCACCUGAUGCAUAUCAAGCUGCUGAUUGGUUUAAAAAAAAAAAAA